AUGAGUGAGCUCGAAGAGAAAUCUCUUCCGCUCCUAAGCCAAUUCCUAUAUCGCUACCGACAGAGAUUAGGGGGCUUCGCUUUUGAAAUGAUUGUAGGUUUCGAAGUGAGCUUUUGCCGAGAAAAGACAUACAACCAAACCACACGAUAUCCUGACAAGUCUUUUAUGUUAUGGUAG